CGCCCUCCCUCCGCCCGGGCAGCAGGAAGCGGCUCCUCUGUGCGUAGCGGCGGCUGGAGCUCGGAUCUGAGCGGCUCCUUCCCGUCUCGUCCUCUCUCCGCCGGGGCUGGCGGAGCCGGCGGGCCCCCGUCCCCGGGGCCGUCCCGUCUUCUCGGCUGGGGACGCGCAGCCCAGGCGAGGCCGCGGCCUAGGGCGGGCGGAGCGCGUGAGGCGCAGGAUGCGGAGCGAGGCCCCCCCGGCCGGGGGCUGCGCGCGGCCCCAGUAGCCCGGGAUCGCCGCGGAUGCGGCCUCGCCCCGCGCGGCGGCCCAGGAGGCGCCUCCGCCAGGCCCUCGCUCCCCAGAGCCUGUGCAGCUGGGGGCCGCCGCGGCGGCCCGCCUGAGCCGCUGCUCUGCCCCGGCCCGCCUGGCCCUGCCCUCUCCUGCCGCGGUUGACAGUGAAGGGAUGUCUGCUGCCACCUCCGCUGAAAUGAUCGAAACUCCCCCGGUCCUCAACUUCGAAGAAAUUGACUACAAGGAGAUUGAGGUGGAAGAGGUUGUUGGAAGAGGAGCCUUUGGUGUGGUCUGCAAGGCAAAAUGGCGAGGAAAAGAUGUAGCCAUUAAACAAAUAGAAAGUGAAUCUGAAAGAAAGGCCUUCAUUGUGGAGCUUCGACAGUUGUCACGUGUGAACCAUCCUAAUAUUGUCAAGUUAUAUGGAGCCUGUCUGAAUCCAGUGUGUCUUGUUAUGGAGUAUGCUGAAGGAGGUUCUCUGUACAAUGUGCUGCAUGGUGCUGAGCCUCUGCCUUAUUAUACUGCUGCACAUGCAAUGAGUUGGUGUUUACAAUGUUCCCAAGGAGUGGCAUAUCUCCACAGCAUGAAACCAAAGGCUCUAAUUCACAGGGACCUGAAACCGCCAAACUUGCUGUUGGUAGCUGGGGGGACAGUUCUAAAAAUCUGUGACUUUGGUACAGCCUGUGAUAUUCAAACACACAUGACCAACAAUAAGGGAAGUGCUGCCUGGAUGGCACCUGAAGUUUUUGAAGGUAGCAAUUACAGUGAAAAAUGUGAUGUAUUCAGUUGGGGUAUUAUUCUUUGGGAAGUGAUCACCCGUAGGAAACCUUUUGAUGAGAUUGGUGGCCCUGCUUUCCGCAUAAUGUGGGCAGUUCACAAUGGGGAAGCUAGAGAACUAGGAUCUGUUGAGGUGUAUGCUACCUCUAUUGCUGCUUUAUGUACUUUGAAAGCAUUAAUUAUGUUAAUACAUAACAAUUUACUCUCUACACAGUACUUUCCAGGAGCUGAUGAACCUCUGCAGUAUCCUUGUCAGUAUUCAGAUGAAGGCCAGAGCAACUCUGCCACUAGUACAGGCUCGUUCAUGGACAUGACUUCUACAAACACCAGUAACAAGAGUGAUGCUAACAUGGAACCAAGUGACUUUCAAGGAACUGCUACCAAUGAUACCAUUAAACGCUUAGAAUCAAAACUGGCACAGCAAAUGAAAAAUUCAGCGAAGCAGUCGGGUGACCCUGGCCGUUUGAGUUUACCUCCAUCUCGCGGGAGCAGCGUGGAAAGCUUAUCAGAUGUUCGUGGACGACCACAGUCAACUCUUGUUUCAGGAGAAGGCAAGAGGAUGAGUGCUGACAUGUCUGAAAUAGAAGCAAGAAUUACCGCUACCACAGCCUAUUCCAAGCCUAAACGGGGCCAUCGUAAAACUGCUUCAUUUGGCAACAUUCUGGAUGUCCCUGCAAUCAUCAUACCAGGAAACGGACAACAGAGGCGGAGAUCCAUUCAAGACCUUAGUAUUGCUGGAACAGAAUCCAAUCAGGAGAGCAGAAACAGCAGUAGGUCAUCUAGUCCUAGUGUGAGAAUGAUCACUACCCCAGGACCAACCUCUGAAAAGCCAGCUCGUAGUCUUCCAUGGACACCUGAUGAAUCUACAGAUACCAAUGGGUCAGAUAACUCCAUCCCAAUGGCAUAUCUUACACUAGAUCACCAGUUGCAGCCUCUAGCACCAUGCCCAAACUCCAAAGAAUCUAUGGCUGUAUUUGAACAGCACUGUAAAAUGGCACAAGAAUAUAUGAAAGUUCAGACUGAAAUUGCAUUGCUGUUGCAGAGAAAACAGGAGCUAAUAGCAGAACUGGACCAGGAUGAGAAAGACCAGCAAAACACAUCCCGUCUGGUACAAGAACAUAAAAAGCUUUUAGACGAAAACAAAAGUCUUUCGACUUACUACCAGCAAUGCAAAAAACAGUUAGAGGUCAUCAGAAAUCAGCAACAGAAACGACAAGGCACAUCAUGAUUCACUGGGACCUUUCAAAUCAAAAAUAUGCACAGAAAAGACUUUUGUAUUACCCCUUAUUAUGACAGCUCAUGAGUGUUAGCUUCUUGAUGUGUUCAGAAUGCCUAUAUUUGUCUGCUGCACUUAGAACGUCAUUUAUUUUCCUUUUCUUAUGGUGGACAUUCAGUUCACCAGGUUUAUUGAAUGAGGUGGGAGAACAGUGACUUGAAUUAAUCACCAGCACUCAGCUUACACAAAUACAGUGAACUGUGGCUGUACACAUGCUCAGUGUGUGAAGGCUAGCCUCAACAAAAGCAUUAAAAUGGCUGCUAAAUUGUAAGAUCUUGUUUUAAUUUCUGAUGUUACCUCAAUAAGAGCAAAACAAAAACUUCUGUUUUAGAAUGGUUUUGUUCUUGUCUCAUCUCAAACAAAUUUACGACAGUCAUUUUCUCAUGCACCAUGCUGCAGAGCUGAUGUUGAUUGACCAGAGUAAUUCAUGAUGCAUUAGUGAUGCCUUUUCCCUUAGAUUUAGUGCAUUUUUCCACAUGCAAAAUGGUAGUCAGACUGAUGCCAACAUCACUGGUUCAGUGCUUGAUAGCCCUGCAUUUUGACUAAUAUAAUUCUUGUAAUCUUGCAUUCAUAAAAUAUUUGAAGCAAAAGGCUGUAUUUUCUUUACUUUUUUCGGGUGAGGAGUGGAGUGGCAUGCAGUUUCACCUAAUCAUACUGGACAAAAAAUUAUGAUGGUGAUUCAUUGAGCAAAGUGGGUCUCUUGUAUAAAAGGGGGAAAAAAUCAAAAUGUGUGGAAGCAUCUGUUAACCUUUAAAGCUUUUGUGCCUGUAGCAUCUUUGGAAGCCAAUUCAGAAAGCAAAUGAAUAUAAAGUUCUAUAUAAUCGUUCCCUUCAUAUUAGUUAUUGGGAUCUUUUUGAACCCUUAUUGAAAUGCUGAAAGGAAAACAUCCGUAUUCACCAUACAUGUAAAUAAGUUUGUUUUGGAUAAAGAGCUGAGGACUUGAGUGAUUUUUAUUUAUUUUUAAAUACAAAAACAUGAUAUGAAGUAGGGAAUGCAGAUGGACGAAGCUGGUAAGAAAAUGAGAGAAAUGGCUUAGUCUGCUUUGUGAAUCCUAGUUAUUUCAGUUGUUUGAGAAGUAUUCAAAGCAAGCCCGCCACAGAAUGCCUGCUGCCUUUGUGACUGAAGAGUUGCAUUUAACAAACUCAAACAAAACAUGGAAUGGUCAAUAUCUGUAUUUGCCAUGAUUAUGUGGGCAGAAAUCACCAAAAAUGGAUUGUUUGGAUUAUAAACUAACUUUCAAUUGAGUCACUUUUUAAUAGAAUCCUAAACUAUUUUUAAGUUUCUCAGACUCGGGUUUUAAUAACAUUAAUCUUUUGCAAAGAGAAAAUAUAAAAUGAAAACUUAGUCUCUUGUAUCAUCAAAAUACCAGCGAGAUGAUCAAAAGUUUAUUGUGAUGAUUUAGUUGUUGGGCUUCAUUUCAGAUGAAUAAAUUAGUGCAAGAGUUCAUUAGUAGCGCUUGGUAAAAUACUUAGUGGUAAAAACCUCACUAGUUUUCUCUUCUCCUCUUCUUCCUAUCUGAUAAACGUUGAUAUUAUUGUGAAUGUAUAAGAAUAUCAAAGAUGAAGGAUAGCUUACUGAACAGUGUCAUUCUAACUUUAAAAUAAACCUAUUAUUGGCAAGCCUUUCGGGAGUUAAAACCCUUCCCUCACUUUAUUUAAAUAAAGGAAGGGUUAUCAUUCCCGAAACCUUAGCAGAUAAUUUGAUUAGUUAGCUGAAACUGAUAUUGGGAUCAACUUAAGGGCACACAUAUUUAUAGCAAAAUGUAAUUGGCAGAGAAAAUAACUGUAGUAUUAGGAAUAGCACAAGUGAUCCAAAGCAUUGCUGUUUGCAUACAUCUGUCCAUCUACCAAAAUGGACACAGUCAGUGCUCAGCAGCUUCUUAGCAUGUGUUUAAGCAUGAAGUAGAGUAGAAUGAAUACUAAUGCUUGACUUCACAUGCAUGGUUAAUAAUUGCAAAAUCAUUUCCCAGGACAGUUAUUGAGGUUCUUCUGUGUCAUAAUGAAACAUGUUUAAAUAAAUUAAUAUUAACACUUCAUAUGCAAAGUCACUUUAUGGCAAAGUUUGAAUAAUGGAAGUGAAAGCAAUGCUAACUUCAUUUAAUGGUACAUAAUACAAAAGUCUAAGUUAGAACAGUUGCUUAUAACCUUUUAAGUUUACAUUGAAAAGGGUCUCAGAUUGUAAAAUUCGGAAUUCAGCUCCAUUCACUACUUAGAUUGUGUUGCCAUUCUAACGAUAUUUUCCAGGGGGAAUAUAGAGUUCAUGUCCUUUUGCCUUUCAAUCUUCCCUUCCCUAAUUCCACCAAAAAUUUGAACUAUUUGCCCCCACUUUCUCAGUGAAGUCUUCUGUGUGGGCAAAAUCCUUGUACAUCUCCCCCAGCAAACCUAGAGGAUAGCAAUGGCUAUUUGAGCCAAGGAGAAUUAACAAUUUAUCUUCUUGUGACUUAAGCAUUUUCAAAAGGCUUUUGUUUUUAAGUUGUUUACAAAUGUGCUUUUAUUUUUUCUGUUAAGCUAUUUUGGAGUGUUCAGGACAUAUUUUUCAUGUCAUCUUUUACUCAGUUAAAGCUAUCCCUCUAGUCAUGGAUGUGUAACAUCUAGUUUUGUCUGGGCGCUGCCUCCUCAUUCUCAAAACGGUAACAGGUUCUGCUUUUUGUCAAAGUAUGUGUUGUGUAAGACAUUGUGUAAUGAAAGUAUGCUUCUGUAUACUGUGCAGUUUUACCAAAAAAUGCUUUUUUAGGCUUUAUUUUUGUUUUUUGAUGAAAAGUUGAAGAUUGUAAUUCAGAACUUGUACAUAAAAUGGUGAAUGAUUUCAUAUGAUGUGGGAAUGAGCAGUGUGACUUUCUGCUACAGGGGUGUUUUACAUUACCAGGAAUCAAAUUAAUAAAAGCUGAGAGACUUUAA